AUCCCCCAUCUCCACUCCCAUCAAAACGACACCAACACGAAAACCCUAACCCCCUCUCUCGCCGUCGUCGCGCCUCGACGGCUUUUGCUCCCCUCUCCCCCACCGCCUCCUCCGGCCGCCGCCGCCGCCGCUGCCGCCGCCCGACGACGUAGUCAGGGGGGCUCGUCAGGAGUAAGGAGGGAGAUGGGGCUGAGGGAGAAGAAGCGGAACCAGAGGCGCGUGCUCGCCCGGCGCUCGGCCGCUCCCCGCUCCGGGGAGGGCAAGGACUUCCUGCCGCUGGAAGAAAGGCCUGGGAAGAAGAGGGCCCGGGAGGAGCAGCCCGAGGAGCCGGAGAACACGUCCACCGUCCUCUACAUCGGGCACAUCCCCCAUGGGUUCUAUGAGGAACAGAUGCAAGGUUUCUUUCAGCAAUUUGGAACUGUUAAAAGGUUGAGGAUUGCCCGAAACCGCAAGACAGGAAAGUCCAAGCAUUAUGGGUUCAUUGAGUUUGAGAACCCUGAGGUAGCAAAGAUUGUGGCAGAUGAGAUGAACAACUACCUGCUGUUUGAGCACACUUUGCAAAUUGCGAUUGUUCCACCUGAGAAAAUUCAUCCAAAAUUGUGGAAAGGUGUGCGACGGGGGUUUAUACCAAUUGAUCGGGUAGCAAUUGAACGGAGGAGGCUGAACAAGGAUAAAACAAUAGAAGAGCACAAAAAGUUGGUUGACAAAAUCGUAAAACGGGAUGAGAAGCGUCGCAAAAGAAUCAAAGCUGCUGGGAUUGAUUACGAGUGUCCACCCCUUAUCGGCAGCGUUCAGCCUUCAGCUAAGAAGAUCAAGUUUGAGGAUUAGUGCCUUUUGACCAGUAGUGACAGGACAGUCGAGUAAAAUGACUGGUUUGUUUUUAGUGACGAAGACGUGUCAACAUCAUUUUGUUGCGUGUUUAAUCGGUGUUGUAUCAGUGUGACCAAAAUUGCACAACGAAGCAGGAAAUUUCUGAGAUUACGACUGGUAUAUCUUUGAGAAAAUAGAAAUCAUACUGUGUUUUCCCGCCGCUCAA